GGGAAGGUAAAUAAUGGCGCUUCAUUUCGAAAGGAAGUGCUUAUUUUAUUUCUCGUGUAUAGCUCUUCCCCGUUAGUAUUUAGCCUGAAAAGGACCUUGAUGAGAUAAUUUACAAAGGAUUUAUUUCCUGAUUGAAAAACUAUGCACAUGUUUUAUAAGAAGGUAUAGUAAUGGCGACAGGAACAAGCAUAAACUUUGAUGCUCAAGCUCUACAUGAUCAAGAUGAGGCAGACUUCCAGAGAGAAGAACUUGAAAGACACCAUGAGUUAAAGCAGUUACUGACGAAUGCACUUGAUGACCUGAGUGAUGAUGAGGUGGACUCUCUGUCAUCUCAUGAUGUUACAUCAAACAGAUCGCUAGAAUCUCCCCUCUCGGGACACUUCAGGCACCCUGUUCCAUUAAGAGGCACAGCAAGGGCUCCAUGGUUGUCAACCUCCACUUCUACACCAAUCAGAGCCCCUUCAGGUGCAGGAGGUCCUUUCUACCCACAACCACAAUACAAUGGGAAACAACUCUUUAUGCCCCAACAUGGGGUACUAAACCCCCAUCAACAAAACUAUCCAAAUGUCUAUGUAGGUGAAUGGGUGGAUAACAAUAUGAAUCACCCCAAUAUGGGUAACCUUGGAAAAACAGAUUUGGGUGAUGAAUAUAAUGCUCAUAUUGGGUACGGCACUCGCGGCUAUGUUCAGAAUGACCCUAGUGCUGAACCAUAUGUACAAACCGAGACAAUGCCUCCUUCAUUUCCAAGAGGAGAGACAGUAGGAGGAAAUGAAGUGGUGUAUGACUAUCACCAGCCUGUCUACCAACAGUCCAAUUAUGCUCAAAAUGAACAAUAUGCAAAUAUGAAUAACAUAGCAGGGAGUGGUCAGUAUCAACAUACUGAUUAUGCCUUGAGUAAUGAUCCCAUGUCUCCUCAUUCUACACACAGUUCCUCUCAACCCCUUGUCAAUGGGAUGCCAAAAAUGGAUAUAGACACAUAUCAAGUAAAAUACACUGGUGCGCAGAAUAAUCAAGUCCCUAAUGUUCAAACUGAUGAACAUCAGAUUCAAUUUUCACCAAGAAAGGACCAUAUUGAAAAUGACAGGUCACCAAUUCAUAGAAAUGGACAUUCUCCCGUAGCGCAGAAAUCAAGUCCAGAAGAAGCCAGGCCCUCAAUGGGGGAAACACAUGGACAUAUAAUUGACAGAAGAUCUGUUAUGGAAAAAGAACAAGAUAUUUACAUUCAGCAAGGUCGAAGUACAGAAUCUGAUCAGCUGGCUCAGCUCCAAAUACUGUACAAGGCCAGGGGGAGGGAGGUAGAACGAUUGAAGAAAGAGCUUACAACUGUUACUGAAGAUAAUGAAAGAGAAAUUAGAACUCUGAAGCAUAGAGUGGCUUUACUAGAAGGUGAAAGAGAUGGUGCACGGAUAAGUGAGACAGAGGCACAGUCCCUGCUGACUGAAUCCAAGCAAACCAACAGUUUACUAGACAAUAAGAUAAGUACACUACAAGGUCAACUGAACAUUGCUACACAUGGCAGAGAUGAACUACAAGAGAAACUUGAAGCUGCUGAAAGCACAAUAGAAACAUUGAACCAUCAACUUAUUACGCUAGGUAAUACAGAAUCGCUAAGUAGAACCAAAGAGCAGCAUGAUGCAGUACUGGCCAACUUACAACAACGUUAUGACCAAGAUACAUAUACUCUGAGAGAGAAACUAGACACUGCUACUAGAGAUAUUGAACUCAAGGAUGAUGAAAUCAACAUGCUUAGACGUGAGAUCUCUGAUGUCACAAAGGUAACAGAUGAAAAUCGUGUCGAUCAUGCUGAGACGAUUAAUAGGCUGACUAGAUCACUAGAGGAAAGCCAGAAACAAUGUAGAACUCUACUCGAGUCAGAUAGCAGUCAGAGUAAUGCAGAGCUGAAGCAACAGCUAAAGCAACUUGAGUCUGCUAAGGCAAUUUCUGACACUGUCUACAAGGAUCUCCAGGAGGAAGUGAGUGACCUGAAGGAGCAGUUGACAAUGUAUGAGUCUGUAUCACAGUUUGGUUUGAUGCAAACAACCAGUUGUUCUGAUCCCUCAGAUUCUUUCUCACAUCUCAACAUUAAAAAGACUCUUGAUUGGAAAACACCAAGAGUAUACAAAGGCAACAAGGAGAAGGGUGACAGCAAUGAUACGAUUACUCAGGGUGAAACAAUACUCAAUCUGAAGACAGAACUGGAGAAAUGUUUGGCUAAUUAUAGGGAGAAACGUCAACAGGUGACAAGACUACAGAAUGAGUUGAAAGACAUGAAACAAAGCUGCACUGAUCACCAGGCAACCAAAGAGAAACUUGAAAAUCAACUCGGAAUAACAAAGGAUACCCUGCAUAGAUUAGAAGCCAAGGUGGAAUUCCUUCAGGAGACCAAUCAGGGAGGACAAGAUGGCCAAAGACGGGGACAUCCAACACUUACUGAAAAAAACCUACAAAGAACACUUGAUGCUGCAAACAGAGAAAUAGAAAGCUUAACUCAAGAGAAUAUGGAGUUGAAGAAUAGGAUUGAUGAGUUAUCAGAGACAGAGCGCCAUCUAUGUGAGCUUAACCAGGAACUAAACCAGCGUAUGUCAGAACAGGUUCAUGAGCUGGAUCAAGAGAAAUGUUUGGCGAUCGAAAGAUGUAGGGAAGCAUGUUUACAGCUGCAUGAAGACUCAAAACUGCUGCUUAGACAGGAACUUGAACAUGAAACUCAACAGAAUGUAGAAUCAAUAAAGGCUGAGCUAGAACGAUGCCAGUCUGAGUUGAAAGAGACUAAGGAUCUUUACGUACAGGUCUGCCAGGAGAAAGAUGACAUACAAGACCAAAUGGAGACUGCUAAACAGGAAGAAAUUGAUCUGCUUAAAGCUGGACUAGACAAAGAGAAAGAAAAUGCCUUGGAUGACCUCAGGAAAUCUUUAGACACCAAACUCUCAGUACAAAUAGAAACUGAUAGGAAAAACAGGAAAAAAGAGCACGAGGAGACCUUUCAGAAAGAACUUGACGCAAAGAUUGCAGUAGCUAAAGUUGAAUGGUUUGAGGCGCACAAACUAUCCAAGCAACAAGCUGUAGACACUGUACUAAAGAACUCUGAGAAGUCCUAUAGGGCUAGAAUGGAGAAAGAUGUCGCAGCUAAAGUAGAACAGGCUUUGGCUGAAGCCAAGGACAAUUGGUUGAAAGAGGUAUUACUUGAAAAAGUACAAGAAGAGAAAGUGAAAUGGACAAAUAAUGAUCUAAAGAAGAUGCUUGAGGAUGAGAGGACCAAAUGGAACAACAAUGAAUUCAAGAAAUUAUUAGAUGAGGAGAAAAUGAAAUGGAACAAUACAGAACUCAAUGAAAAACUAAGAGAAGAGAAAACAAAAUGGAUUAAUGAUGAAUUGAAAACUAACAUUGAACUAGAACGAAUUAAAUGGAAUAAUACUGUGCUCAAAACUAGAAUAGAGCUAGAGCGGACCAAAUGGGUUGAUAAUGAACUUAAACCUCUGCUCAAAGAAGAAAAAUUGAAAUGGAACACUACUGAACUUGUUGAGAAAUUAGAGCAAGAGAAAAUAAAAUGGAAGGAAAGUGAAUUGGUGAAAAUCCAGGAACAGAAUGAAGAGAAAUUAAACAAUGAAAUUAAACAAAAAUUGUUUCAAGAAAAAAUAAAAUGGACAAAUACAGACUUGGUUAAACGAAUAGAAGAAGAGAAAAUAAAAUGGACAAAUACAGACUUGGUUAAACGAAUAGAGGAAGAGAAAAUAAAGUGGACAAAAACAGAUUUAGUCCAAAGAAUAGAAGAAGAGAAAAUAAAAUGGACAAAUAAUGAAAAACAAAUCAUUUUUGAUGAAAACAAUAAAUGGCUUCAAAAGGAAUUGAACCAAAAACUUGAAUCUGAAAAGAGAAAGUGGACAAAUAGUGAAUUAGAGACAAUAGUUGACAAGGAAAAGUCAAAAUGGAUGGAUAAUGAAAUCAGAAAACUUCAAGGAGACAACCUGAAAUGGUUAAACAAUGAAUUAAAACAACAACUUGAAGAAGAAAAGAAAAAGUGGAAAAGUAUUGAAUUGAAAAAAAUACUCGAAGAAGAAAGAGUGAAAUGGGCUAAGUUACAAAAAACAUCAACUGAGAACCAUAGAUCUACAGAGAUUGAUUCGCUACAUAAAGAGAACCGACAACUGCAGCACAAACUGCGCAAGUUUGGUGACCUAUGGUCUAAAGAAAAGCAGAAAAUAAUCCAAGAGAAGGAUGACGAGCGUAAAAGACAAAUAGCUGACAUACAGGAACAGUGUGAAUCUGACCUGAAGAAGUUCCUAGCCGAACACCAACAUACUUUGGAUACAGCUCUAAAGUCAACAAGAGACCAGGCUUCUAAAGAAAAGAGUGAAUUAAUGAGACUACACGAGGAGGAGGUUAAAUGGCUGAGGGCAAGAGAGAAGAAAUCUGUUGAGAACACCAAGUGUCAACAGACAAAUAAUGAACAGAAUAAUGGGAGAGAUGUGGAUGUAGUUCUUGGACAAAUGAAAGACUUCUAUAUUGAAACUGUUAAAAAGAUCAAAAGUGAUGUUCUCUCCCAUGUGGCAAGCAGUAAUGCUAGAGCUACUGAGCGAAUCAAAACUGAAAUUAGAAGACACCGUGAUAUGUCAAGAGGGCCAAGUACUGUAAAUAGAGACCAUAAAUUGCCACUGACAAGUCAAAACCUUGAAAGAGUUUCAAAUAAUUUAUUAACUAGGAAAGAAGGUGAAAGGCCUUCAAAUGAAAGAGGGCACGAAAGACUUUCAAAUGAUAGAGGGCAUGAAAGACUUUCAAAUGAUAGAGGGCAUGAA